AUGAAGGUGGUUUGCGCUGCUGCUGAGUCUGACUGGGAGCGACUGGCUUCACUGGUGGAGACAGCUGCUGCUGCUAGGUUUGGCUUCUUCAGUGGUCAGCAACGAGGGUCAUCCAGAAAAAAAGUAAAAAUGCCAGUUAAAAGUAAGAAGAUCUUGACAUUGGUACUCAUUCAAGAAGCAAGGCGUGUUCUUCUUGGUAUGAAGAAACGCGGAUUUGGCAAGGGAAAUUGGAAUGGAUUUGGAGGCAAAGUGAAAACUGGAGAGGAGACGAUUGAGGAAGGUGCCAAAAGAGAAGUUCAGGAAGAAUGUGGCCUUAUUGUAUCAGAACUUGACAAAGUUGGCAUUCUCAAAUUUGAAUUUCUUGGAAAUCCAGAAUUAUUAGAAGUUCAUGUAUUUUCAAGUAGUUCUUAUGAAGGAAUCCCCAAAGAGAGUGAAGAGAUGCAGCCUCGAUGGUUCAACAUACAACGGAUUCCUUAUGAUCGUAUGUGGCCUGAUGAUCGGUUUUGGUUUCCACUUUAUUUGAAAGGAUCUCGUUUCACAGGAUAUUUUAUGUUAAAACGCAUGAGAGUGUUUAUCGCUUCUUUCUUUUUCUUUCUUUCUUUCUUUCUUUCUUUCUUUCUUUCUUUCUUUCUUUCUUUCUUUCUUUCUUGA